GCGCAAGUGGUAAUAGCGGCGCUGGCAGUGGAGCAGGUGCAGGCUCCUCUUCUGGCACUGUUGCCGUUCCGCCGGAAGAUCUACGCAUGGCAAAAGCAUCGUACUCAUAUUAGUACAAAUCGCGCGACAUUAAAUUUUCCCAGCAUGGGAAAUGGAAUUUCUUGUAUAUGUCUAUUCACCUUAAGAAGAGACUUGUGCUGCGUGACUGCAUAGUUGCAGUCAGGUCACUGCAAUUCGUACGAGUGCGAUACUUUUGCAGUGCAUAAGAUCACUGUAGUGGCGCGCAGUCAUCUACAAGUAGCGUUGGCGCGGCGCAUGGAUCGGAAGCUGCCAGUAGCUAUCCAUUGCAAAUAUGUCUGGGUCUGGAAAAGUGGAAGUUGUGUUGCAUGCUGAAAAACCUGUAUUGCACAGCCAGCACGACAGGCGCCACUCUUUCGUCAUGCAGAACGGCAGCUUGUGUUUGUGAUGCGUGCUACCUACGCAUCAGACGGCGUCAAGUAAACUUGUCAUGCUUCGCUGCACGACUGGAGAGUGCCAGAUUUACCCAUACUUUAGCAUCACAAGUUUCCAGACCCAGACAUCUUUGCAUUUCAUAGUAGCUCUGGGACGACGACAAACUCGCGGUCAUAUGACAUUCGGC